AUGACGAUCUGUGACAAACUAAAUUCGUUCGUGGAGCCCAGCACGCCGUACCACGUGGAGAUCGGCGCGGAGAGCGGGCGCUUCGCCGACGGCGACGGGCGCGCCGUGGAGGUGGUGAUCGCGGGCCGGCGGCGGCCCGGGCCCGGCCCGGCGGCCGAGGACGACGAGAUGAAGCUGCUGGGCGCCACGGAGCAGUGCGGCCCGGACCGCGAGCGCGACCCGGUCACGCUGGUGUGCCGCGCGCGCGCCUCGCCCGCCCAGGACGCCGACUCCGAAGCGCAGACCGAACCGGAACAACCCGCCGCAACGCCCGAAGUCGUCCCAGCCUCAUCGUAACUCCUGAUCUCUACGUUUAGUUCUAGUUAAUUUAUUCCCAUAUCCAUGCCAUCGUAACUUAUUUAAAUUGUACAUUAUUUUAGUAAGUAAAAAUACUAUAACAUUUCA